AUGAGUCAAAAAAGAAUGACAAUCGCUCCAAUUUUUAAAGCUCAAUUACCUAAGAUCAAUUUCUCAUAGGCUAAGAAAGAGUAACUUUUAGUUGAUGAACUAUUACUAACUCAAUAACAUUUUCAUGAUUCCCGGUACAUAACUAUUUAAAUUUUAGUGAGCUUGUCAAUAAUAUUAUAAAUGAAAAAAACAAGGAAGCAGUAAAUUAAUCUUUUUAAGAUCAAUAAGUUAGUUAUUAGGCAAUAAAAUAAAAGCUAGAGCCAACCAAAGAAAUUUUUCAAUAGAAGUAACCUUUAGAAAUUAAUAAAGAAUUAUCACAAAACCAGUUACUAGAUAAGCAAGAUCAAAUUCUAGGAAUAGAGGUUAACAUUCAAUGAUAAUCACUAUAAGGGAUGAUUCAAAUUUUUAAUGGAUGAAUGAUUUAUGCAAGAAAAACUUAAAAACUAAUUUACCUAAACCAGCUAGAAACCCUGUAAAAAUAUAAGAGAAUUUUAGUCGUUUGUCAAAUAGGAAAAAUAUGUCAUUUCAUGAAAAAGUAAAUGAUGAAGAAAUGAAUUUUGAAUUGCAAGGUCUUAAUACUAAUAAAACUUUAAAAAAUUAUUUAACUUGGGAUGAUCCUUAAACUCCUACAGAUAUUAUAUAAUAAUUUAAGAAUGAUAAAUCUUAUCAUGCUAAAUGUCCAUUUUAUGAAGGAAAUGGAUAUGUUUGGACAGAAGUCUAAAUUUUAGAUUAUGAUUAGAAUUAAUAGAAAUUUAUAGUUAAAAUUAUGAAGAAUGAUUAAAUUAAAUAUGUAAGUAGAUUAUCUUUAAUGUUGAAAACUGAAAAUGAAACAGAAUUUAAUUUGAGACUUUAAUAAUGCAGAAUAUUAUAGAAAUAGGCUGAAGAAGAAUUAAGAUUCUUUAAAUAUGUAAAUAGUAUACCUGAUUAACUAAUCACUUCAUUACCUAUUUAAACUAAAAUAAAUAUUAAGAAGAAAUUAAAAUUAAAUAAAUAAUCGAAUAUAGAUUUUGAAUAAAUUGAAUAUGAAUAUAAGUUAUUUAUGAAGAAAUUUCUUACUCUAUAGAGAAUGAAUUAAAGUGAUUUUAUUACAGAUUUCAUAUAAAAUAGAAUUAAAAUGAGAAAUAUGAAUGGUAUUUUAUAAAAGUUUCCAAAGUUAAAAAAUAUAAAAAAAGAUUUCCAGUAAGUUAAAUAAUAAAUAUCACAAUCUCCUAUUUUAAAUAAUAAAUAUAUUCUAUAAACUUUUGUAAAAAUUCAAACUAUAAAAGAAUAAUCAUUUGAAUUGUUACCAACAAAUUAUCCUUAUGGACAACUUCCAUUUGUUUUAUCUAAUUUAGAAGCAUAUAAUUAAUAAAUGUAUAAUGUACUUAAAUUAACUAUGUUUAAUAAUUGGAGAACAUAAGUUAUAUAAGAUGUUUAAGAUAGUCUAAGAUCAUAAUUCAAUUUUUAUUAAACUGAUGAUGUAGGAUAUUAAAGAUCAUAAUUAUGUUUACUAUUAAAAAGAAUAGAUUAAUAAUUUAGUUAUUUAAAUAUGAAAAAUUUGGUUGAAAUGAAUAUAACAAAAUGGGUAAAUCAUAUAAAAUCAUUUACAGAAGAAUCUGAGAAUCUAAGUAAAGAACCCUUCAUAUAAAUUAAUAUUGUUAUAUAAUAAAUAGUUCGUAAGAAAACAGUAUUACAUAAGUAAUCUACAUUUGGAGAAGAAAGAUAUAUGAUUUUUGAACCAACCAGAUAAUAAAUUAUAUAGGCAUUAGUCAAUCCUAUUUAAUUUAUAAAAGAUACUGUCUCAUAAGUUAAGAAAGUUGAAAAUGAUAUAAUGCCUUUAAUAGAUAUUGGAUAAGCAUUAUCUGUACAAAUGGAAUAGAUUUCUCAUCAUUUUGAUAUUGCAAUUGAAUAAAUUGUUACUUUUAUAGAUAAUGCUAUGAAAUUACCAAAUUUAAUUUUAGAUUAAUUCAAUGAAUUCUCUUAUUUAUAUACUAAGAGUUAAAGUCAUUUGAUGAAAAGAUUAUUUGGAGAUUCAAAGGAAAAACCUGCUAUUACAUAUAUAGAAUUGGAUAAAAUUAAAGAAAAAUUAAAUUAUUAUUUAUAAACAAUUUUUAGUAUUGAAAGAUUAUGUAUAGAUGAAAAGAAUUUUUCAUUUUUUUAAGUAAAAACAAAAUAAGCAAAAUUAACUUUAAUUUAAAAGUCUCAAGAAAUUAUUAAUGGAAUAUUGAAUAGAUUAAGUGAAGUCUUAACUGAUAAUAUAUCAAGAAUUAGUAAAUUAUAUUAAGAUAUGUGUGAAAGAAUAUUGGAAGAACCUAAAGAGGAACAUGAGAUGGUUUAAUUAAAGAAUUUUAUAGCUGAAACUGAAGUAAAUCUAGCUAAAUUAGCAAAUGAAGUAAAUAUGUUAUUCUAAACAUUGGAUUUAUUACAUUAAUAUUAAUAUUAAUAUGAUAAUAAAGAAAUUGAAAAUUUAUGGUUUUUAAAACAAUGGCCAGCUGAAAUAAGAAUAGCUUUAGUUGAAGGAUAAAGGAAUGUUCAUUUAAAAGAGACAAAAUUCACAGAGAAAUUAGAUUAAGAGAAGGAAUUAUUCAUAAGAGAAUUGUUAGUAUUAGAGAAUUAAGUUGAAGAGAUUAAAUUUUAUGAAGAUUAUAGUUAAGUAAAAACUUAUGCAUAAAAUGUGAUGGGAUUAAAAGAGAAAAUAAAUAAUUAUUAAGAUAAGGUAAGAUCAUUUAAUGAUAGAGAAAAUCUAUUCAAAUAGCCUUUAAGUGAUUAUGAUGACUUAAUCAAAAUCAAAUAGGAUUUUGAGCCAUUUUAUAAAAUUUGGGAUUUAGCUAUAGAAUUUGAUAUAGAUAAAUAAGAAUGGUAUUAAGGUUAAUUCAUGAAACUUUAGUACUCAUAAAUUGAAAGAAAAAUGAUAUAAUAUUAUUAAAAAGAAACUUUGAUAUUAUUAAAGUAUUUUUAGGAUCAAUCAAAUGAUAAGGCUUUGAGAUUAUUAAAUGAUUUGAAGAAGGAUUUAGACAAAUUUAAGGAAGUAAUGUGGCUAAUUGAAUUUUUGAAUUGUGAGGCAAUAUAAAAGAAACCAAAAAUUUGGGAUGAAAUCUAUGCUAUAUGUGGUUAUUUGGGUGAUGAUAUUACUCUUAAUCAAUUAUUAGAACAUAAUUAUUUAUAAUUUAAGAUUUAGAUAGAAGAUAUAUCUAAGAAAGCUACUUAUUCAUAUGAUAUUGAAAAAAGACUAAAUGCAGUAGUUGAUAAGUGUAAGGAAAUCAAAAUUGAAUUCAUAAAGAAUUCCAAUAUUAUGAAGAUUGAUGAAACCUAAAUAUUAUUAGAUGAAUAAUUGAAUACUAUUCUAUUAUUGAAAUAAAGUCCUUAUGUUGUAAUGGAUAAAGCUAUAGUAGUAGAAAGGAAGAUUAUUCUCAUUUAAGAUACUUUAGAAAAUUGGAGAACCACUUAAAAAGGAUACAUUUACUUAUAACCUAUAUUUUAAUCAGAAGAUAUAAGAAAAAAAUUACCAUAAGAAAAAAAUAAAUUUGAUUUUAUUGAUAGGUUUUGGAAAUAGAUUACUGAAAACUUUUAAAAAGAUCCAUUAGUAUGGGAAAAUAUUGAAAAUGAAAGAUAUAAAUAAGAGAGCAAACAUUGUAAUGAUUUAUUAGAUUAUAUAUUGAAAGGGCUUAGUAAUUACUUAGAAUAAAAAAGAAAGGUAUUCCCUAGAUUCUUUUUUUUAUCUGAUGAUGGACUCCUAGAAAUUUUAGCUUAAACUAAAGAACCUUUACUUAUUAAUAGACAUAUUUAAAAGUGUUAUGAAGGAAUAUAUGAAUUAUUAUUUGAUGAAAAUAAUGAAAAUAUUUUGAAUAUCAUAUCUCCAGAAAAAGAUAUUAUUAAUUUAUAUAAAUCAUGCAAUGUUAUUGAAAAUGAUAAAUAUGGUAAUGUUGAAAAAUGGUUGCAAGAAUUUGAUCAAAUUAUAAUAGAAACAAUCAAAAGAAUUAUGAAAGAAUGUGCAUAAGAUACUGAUAAAUAGUGGUAUUUAAAAUGGCCAUCAUAAUGUGUUUAAACAAUGACACAAGUUAAAUGGACUUCAUCUAUAGAAUAAGCAUUAAUUUCUUAAAUUUCUUUAGAGAAUGUAUUACAUUAAAUUAAAUAACAAAUUAAAAAUCUUGUUUAAAUUUUAUAAUAGAAAAAUCUAAAUAUCUAUUAAAGAAUCCAAAUUAGUUAAAUAAUAAUAUUAUUAGUUCAUAAUAGAACUUAAACUGAAAGUUUAUGUAAAAUUGAAUCCUUAAAAGAGACUGAUUUUAAUUGGUUAAUCAAUUUAAGAUUCUAUGAUGAAAAGAUUCUAAGAGUUUCAUUGUUAUCAUGUAAUAUACAAUAUGGAUUUGAAUAUUAUGGUUUAACAUAAAGAUUAGUCAUUACACCAUUAACUGAUAGAUGUUAUAGAACACUUAUUAUGGCAUUUUAAAAUAAUUAUGGAGGUGCUCCUGAAGGUCCUGCAGGAACUGGUAAAACAGAAACAGUUAAAGAUUUAGCUAAAUGUUUAGGAAUUUAGUGUAUAGUUUUUAAUUGUUCAGAAGGCUUAAAUGUAAUGUCUAUGAGUAAAUUCUUUAAAGGAUUAAUAUGUUGUGGAGCUUGGUGUUGUUUUGAUGAAUUUAAUAGAAUUGAUUUAGAAGUAUUAUCAGUAGUUGCUUAAUAAAUUAUUAUAAUUUAAUAAGGUAUAAAAGAAUAGAAAAAGAUGAUAUAUUUUGAAACAGAUGAAUACUUUUUAAAUAAAUCAUGCUAAAUUAAUAUUACAAUGAAUCCAGGUUAUGUAGGUAGAUAUGAGUUGCCAGAUAAUCUUAAAAUACUCUUUAGACCAUGUGCAAUGAUUUAACCAGAUUAUUAAUUGAUCACUGAAAUCUUUUUAUAUUCUAUUGGAUUCUAAUAAGCAAAUUAUUUAUCAAAUAAGAUUAUUAUAGCAUUACAAUUAUCAUAAGAAUAAUUAUCAACAUAAGAUCAUUAUGAUUUUGGGAUGAGAUCUUUGAAGUCUGUAUUAUUAACUAUUUCAUAAAUUGAUAAUGAAGAUGAAGAAAUUAAAUGUAUCUAAGCAUUAAUGAAUGUAAAUUUAGGAAAGUUAAUUAAUUAGGAUAUUUAAUUAUUUAAUUCAAUUAUUUAAGAUUUAUUCCCUAAUAGCAAUAUUGAAUAAUAAUAUAAUACAUAAGGUUUAUCUGAUGUUUGUUUAAGUUUAAAACUUGAUGCAAAUUCAGAUUUCAUUAAAAAAUGCAUUUAGAUGGAAUAAUUGAUGGAUGUAAGACAUGGUAUAAUGAUAAUUGGAGAAACAAUGAGUGGAAAAUCAUAAUUGAUUAAUGUGUUAGCAUAUAAACAUAAUUAUAUAGUACAUAAGAUAAAUCCUAAGGCUCUAUUAAUUGAUUAAUUAUUUGGAAAAUUGGAUAGAAAUACAAAAUAAUUUUAUGAUGGAGUUAUACCCAUAAUAUUUAGAUAAUAGAUUAAUUAACUUAUAGUUUUUGAUGGACCAGUAGAUACAUAAUGGGUAGAAAAUUUGAAUACAGUUUUGGAUGAUAAUAAAAAAUUAUGUUUAACAUCUGGAGAAAUAAUUAGAUUAUAUGAUAAGACAUAAAUUAUCUUUGAAACAUCUGAUUUAUAAUAAGCAUCUCCAGCAACAGUUACUAGAUGUGGAAUGUUAUUUAUGGAAUAAUUGUAAUGGAGAGUAAUUUUGGAUAAUUAAAAUUUUAAUGAUACUAUGUAAAAGAAAGCAUUAUGGUUAUUUGAUUGUACAUUAGGUUUUUUAUAAGGUAAAUAUUAUGUACCAUGUACAGAUGUCCAAUUAGUUUAAUAAUCUUUAAAUAUGAUGAAAACAUUUAAUUAUAGAAAUGAAGAUUAACAAAUAAAUGUAUUAUUAUUUUGUAUUUUAUGGGUUAUUGGAGGAAUAUGUGAUGAAAAUCAAAGAAAGACUUUAAAUUCUAUGAUUAUGAAAUUGAUUACAGCCUCGAAUGAUGUAAUCUAAUAAUUCUCUAUUAAAAAUCAAUAUUAAUAUGAACCAUAGGCAUUACAUUUAAGAUUUAUGGAACCUGUUAAUAAACCAAAUUUAUAUGAUUUCUACUUUGAUGUCAAUAAAAAUUGUUGGCUAUUUUGGAAUGUAGAUUCUCAAUAAUCAUAAAUUAAUUAAUCAAAAUCAUUUGAUAAUCUUUAUAUAAAAUGUAUAGACACAAUAAAAACUCAAUUUUGGAUUAAUUAAAGUCUUUAAUAAAAAAUUAAUUUAAUUUUGAUUGGAUAAACUGGAUCUGGUAAAACAAUCUAAAUUUAAUAGACAAGAUAAUAUUUUUAGAACCAUGCUUAAUUAUAAUUGACAUUUAGUGGAUAAACAUAAAUCAAUUAUAUAUAAUAAUUGAUUGAAAAUAAGAUUAGUUAAAGAAGAUGUAAAGGACAUUAUGGUCCUGAAGAAAAUAAAGCAGUUUGUUCAGUUUUUAUUGAUGAUUUAUCUAUGAAUGAAUAACCAAAUGAAUUAAUUAGAUAGCAUAUUGAUACAAAUGGAUGGUAUGAUAUAGAAACAAAAGAAUUCAAACAUCUUGAAGAUACUAUGUAUAUUUGUGCCACUUAAAAAUAAGUCAAUCAAAGAUUUAUGAGACAUUUCAUGUUAUUAUAUGUUCCAUAGUAUUCUCAUGAAUCUUUAAUAAAAAUAUUUAAUUCAUUAAAUUAAUGGAUAUUAAAUUAAUGGGGUUAAAAACAAUUAGUAAAUAAUGCAAUAAUAAAAAUGAGUAAUCUAAUUGUUAAUAGUACAAUAAGAUUAUUUAAUUUUGUUAAAUAAGAGUAUUUAGCAACACCUUCUAAAUGCCAUUACAUUUUUAAUUUAAGAGAUGUUUGGAAAGUUUUUAAAGGAAUAUAUUUAGGAGAUGUAAGGACAAUAUAAAAAGAUAGAGAUUUAGUUAAUUUAUGGUAGAAUGAAUGUCAAAGAGUAUUUUCAGAUAGGAUGAUAGAGAAUGAAAAAUUCAAUCAAAUGCUAUUAGAUUUAAUAUAAUAAAAUAUGAAAAAAAAUUAUGAAUUUAAGUAAUUAUAUUAUACAAACAUUAUUCCAAUUACAAUUGAAAAUUAGAAUUAUACAAAGAUUUACACUAGUGUUGAUCAAUAAGUUUUAAGAGAAUAUUUGAAUUCUAAACUUGAUGAAUAUUAAAAGAUAAUUUAAGAUAAUAACAUAGUCUUAUUUGAAUAUGCUAUAAAUCAUAUAAUUAGAAUUAUUAGAGGAUUAGAAUUUGGAAAUAUGCUUUUAAUUGGAUUAACUGGUAGUGGUAGAUAAUCACUUUCAAAUUUGAGUUCAUAUAUAUUAUAUGGUAAAGAAAUGAAUAAUUAUACAAAUGAUAAAGAUGAAUUAUAAUCUAUUAUAAGAUAAGCAGGAUUAGAAUUAAAAAAUACAAUAAUAUAUGCUAAUUGCAAUUAAAUAAAUAAUUUUAAUUUAGAAUAAAUCUGUAAUCUUAUAAAUUUUGGUGAAAUGUAGAAUUUAUAUACAACAGAAGAUAAAAUGAAAUUAAUAGAAGAUUUAAAUGAAUAUCAUAUGAAUUAUCUUUAAUUUGUUAAAUAGACACAUCAAAAUUUACACUUUAUUUUAAGUAUAAAUCCAAAUGGUGAAUAAUUUAGAAAUAGGAUUCGAUUAUUUCCUACUUUAAUUAAUAAUACAACUAUUGAUUGGUUUACAGAAUGGCCAUAAGAAGCAUUAAUAGAAACAUAAUAAUAAUAUGACAUAGAUGUAUUAAAUGUAUUUAGUAUUAUAAAGAAAGAAAGUUAAUAAUAUUGUAAACAAAUAAAAAAUCAAUAACCAUAUCUUUAAAUUUAUUAACCUUAUUUUUUAGAAUUCUUAAAAUAAUAUAAAGUUUUAUAUUCAUAAAAAUAGAAAGAAACAGAUAAAUUUAUUUAAAGAUAUACACAUGGUGUUGACAAGAUCUUAUAAACAGAAUCAGAUGUUACAUUAAUGAAAGCAACUUUAUAAGAGUUACAUCCAAAAUUACAUAAAUUAACUCUUGAAAAUUCUCAUUUACUUAUUAAUCUAUAAAAAAAACAGAAAGAAGCAGAUUUAAAGAAAUAGUAAUGUGAAUAAGAAGAAUAUGAAUGCACUUAAGAAAAAUUAAAAGCUGAUCAAUUAAAAUAAGAGUGUUAAGAUGAAUUGGAUAAAGUUUUACCAAUAUUAGCAGCAGCUACAUCUGCAUUAGAGAAAAUCACAAAUGAAGAUAUGAUUUAAUUGAAAUCUUUCUAGAAACCACCUUUAGCUGUCUCAUUAGUCAUGGAAGGAAUGUGUUAUAUAUUUGAUGAAUAAGUAAAGUGGAAACAAAAGGAACCUGGAUCUUAAGAAAAAGUAUAAGAUUUUUGGGAACAUGCAAAAAAGAAUUUACUUAAUGAUAAAUUAAUUAAAAGAGUCAGAGAUUUCAAAGAGGAAUAAAUAAAAGCUAUAACUCCUGCUAGAAUUUAAAAGAUUAAGGGACUUCAAUUUGAUGAUAAAGUAUUUAAUGCAUCCAAGGCUGCAGGAAAUUUAAGUUUAUGGAUUAAAGCUGUUGUUGAUACAUUUGAAGCUUAUCUAAUUGUUGAUCCUAAAUAAAUUCUAUUAAAAAAUGCUAUUUAGUAAUUAUAAAUUACUGAAUUAGCAUUAAAGGAAAAGAUAGAUGCUUUAAAAGAAAUCUUAAGAUUUUUAAAUGUACUUCAAAAUGAUUACAAUUAAGCUAAAUUAGAAAAAGAUUAAUUAUAAGAAGAUGUUAAUAAAUGUUAAAUAUAACUUGAAAGAGCAGAAAAAUUAAUUAGUGGAUUAAUUUAAGAAAAAGAUAGUUGGAGACAAAAAGCAAAUCAAUAUAAAUAAAAUAAAUAAUUUUUAUAAGGUGAUUGCAUAUUAUCUAGUGCAAUUAUUACAUUUUUUGGACCAUUUCCCCUUGGAUUUAGAGAAUCUAUUUUAGAAUAACUUAAAAUCGAAUUAUAGAAUAUAACAUUUAGUUCCAAUUUUUCAUUAUUAAAUACUCUAUGUAAUCAAAUAAUAGUUGGAUAAUGGAUUAAUUAAAUGAAAUUACCUAACGAUUAAUUAUCUAUUGAUAAUGCUAUAAUCAUAUAAAAUUCAACUAAAUGGGUUUUAUUAAUUGAUCCUUAAAAUUAAGGAUCUUAAUGGUUAUUAAUGUGGAAUGAAAAAUUAAAUUCUAAAUUUAAUUUUGAAAAUUGUAUGUAGAUUGGUCAUCCAGUAUUAUUGUAAGAACCUGAUGAAAGCUAAAUUCCAUUCCCAUGUGGUACUUAUGCAAAAUUAAAUGAUAAAAAGAUUGAAAUGCAUCCAGAUUUUAGACUUUUUAUAUAAAGUAAAAAUCCCUUAUACAGUCCAGAAAUUUGUAUUCACUUGAAAUUUAUUAAUUUUGAAGUAACUUAAGAAGGAUUGGAAGAUUUCUUAUUAAAUUAUAUUGUAAGUGUGGAAGAACCUUAAAAAGAAGAAAUUAGAUAAAAGAAUAUAAGGGAUUAUUAUGAAAAUAAAAAUAAAUAACAAUAAACAGAGGAUUCAAUACUAAAAUUAUUACAUGGAACACAUGGUAAUAUUUUGGAAGAUGAAACUUUGAUUCUAACUUUAUAGAAAUCAAAAAAUGAAUAAAUAGAAAUAGAAGAUAAAUUAAAAAAAGCAGAAAAUGACAAAGAAACUUUUUAAAAGAUAUCAAAUUAAUACAAGAAUAUCACGAAAAAGAUUUCUAUUAUAUAUUUAGUUAUUAGAGAUUUAUAGAAAUUGGAAUUUGUUUAUGUUUGGUCUUUAGAAAAAAUAAUUCAACUUUUUGAUUAAUCAAUUAAAGCUUUUAAAUCUGUUUCUCAAAAUUAAUAAUUAGAGAAAAAUAAAUUUAUGUUUCAGCAUUUUACAAAAUUACUUUAUACUUUUAUAUGUUAAUCACUCUUAGAAAAAGAUAAACUUACAUUUACUACUAUGUUAUUCCUUAAAAUCUUAUUAAUUGAAAAUAUUAUUACUCAAGAGGAGAUUAAUUUCUUACUCAAUUAACAUACUAAUUAUACUUUAAUUUAGAGUUCUACUUCAUGUCCUGAAUAUCUAACAUAAUAAUAAUGGAAUUAAUUAAAUGAUUAUGCCUUUUAAUUUAAAAAUCAUUAAAUAGUUCAAAAAUUAACUAGUCAUUAUUUUGAAUUUAUAAAUAAGAAUUAUGAUUUAGAUCUUAAACCAUUUCAUUUAUUAAUAAUAACUAAAAUAAUUAAACCAUAUUAAUUCAUAUUUUAACUACAUUAAACUAUUGAAUUUUAUCUUGGAUAACAUUUUACAAUUAUUCCAUAAUUUAAUAUUUAACCUUUAUAAAUUUAACCAAAUACUCCAAUAUUAUUUAUAUUAUCUUCUGGAUCAGAUCCAUUAAACUUUAUUUUAAGAGAAGCUGGAUCAGAAAAAAUCAAAUUGUAAACGUUAUCAUUAGGAUAAGGUUAAAAUUAAAUAGCUGAAUUAGGUAUCUAAAAAGCAAUUGAAGAAAAUUAAUGGAUUAUUUUAUAAAAUUUACAUUUAGCCAAAAGUUUUAUAAGAUCAAUUGAAUAAAUAUAUGAAAAUUAAUUGUAAUAAAUAUAAAAGGAUUCAAAAUUUAGAUUAUUUUUAACAACAAAUCCAAUUGAUACAUUUUCAAUUAAAUUAUUAUAGAAAUGUGAAAAAUUUACAUUUGAAUAUCCAAAAGGAUAUAAAAAUAAUUUAUUAAGAAUAUAUUCAUCUAUUGAAGAAAAGAAAUUUAAUGAAAAACCAUUAUAAUUCAAAUGUUAAUUAUAUGGUUUGGCAUAAUUUCAUGCAAUAGUUUUAGAAAGAAGAAAGUUUGGAAAUAUAGGAUGGAAUUGUUAUUAUGAUUUUUCUUAAGCUGAUUUAGAAAUUUCAUAAAAGUAAUUAUUAGAUUAUGAUACAGAAGGAUUGAAAUAUUUAAUAAGUGAAUUGAAUUAUGGAGGAAGAGUAAUUGAUAAUAAUGAUAGAUUAUUACUUAAAAUAUUGUUAGAUAAAUAUUUAACUGUUGAAGAUUCUGAAUAUCCAAUGAUGUUAAAUGAUUAUCUAGAUUAGAUUAAUGCAUUAUCAUAUUAAGAUGAUAAUCAAUUAUUUGGUUUACACUUAAAUGCUUAAAUAAAUUAAAAGAUAAAUGAAACAAAUGAAUUAAAUGGAAAGUUAUGCAAUAUUAGUAGUAUAUUAAAUAUAAAUGAUUAAGAAGAAUAACUUAAAUUAUUGAUUUCUACUAUUUCUUUAAAUGUUCUAUAAUAUGAUCAUUUAGAACAUCAAUAUACUACUCCUUUAAAUACAAUAUUGAUAUAAGAAUGUUGUAGAUUUAAUAAAUUAAUAAUUCAAAUAAAAAAUGAUUUAGAAUUUAUUUUAAAAUCACUUGAUGGAUUAGAAGUUAUGAAUUAAGAAAUGGAACAAAUAUGUUAUAAUCUUUUAUCAGGAGUAAUUCCAUCUAGUUGGUUAUAAAAAUCAUAUUUUACAACCAGUAAUCUAAUUAAUUUUGUUUAAAAUUUAUAAGAAAGAAUCAAAUAUUUUUAGAAAUGGAUUGAUAAUGGAAUUCCAGAAUUAGUAAAUAUUUCUUAUUUUUUCUAUCCUUAAACAUUUUUAACAGGUGUUAAAUAAGAUUAUGCAAGAAAGAAUUCUAUUCCAGUUGAUACCUUGAAUUUUGAAUUCAAAAUUUGUAAUCAUAAUUUUGAAGGUUAUUUAAUUGAAGGAUUGUUAUUUGAUUAAUGUUAAUGGGAUGAAGAAUAACAAAAUAUUGUUGAACCAUAAAUAAAUGUAUUAUAUUCAUAAGUUCCUCUUAUAUCCAUCAACCUAACCACUCAAUUAUAAUAAUAUCAAGAGUAUUUACAAAUUCCAGUUUAUAGUACUAAAAGUAGAAAUAAGAAGAUAAUGGAUAUCCCAUUAAAAACUAAUGAAUCACCAGAAUUUUGGAUUAUUAGAGGAGUGGCCAUUAUUUGUUCAAACUGA